AAAGCUUCAGGACCAAGGAACACAGAUAAAAAAAGUUUCUAUAAAUAGCAACUUUAAUAAGUGGGCUUAAUCGAGGUCUACGUGUCAAGAUGAGGGGCUUUAGCCGGGCAAAUAAUAGAAGACAUCGCCUUUUAUUCGGCGUUAUAUUGGUACUUGCUCUGGCAACUUAUAUUGAUCAGGUAUCCAGUUUGCCCGCUGAUACCUCGGACCAAUGGCCGUCUUUCCCUCGAAGGAAUAUAGCAGCGCUCGCGAGAGAAGGUUAUCUGAAAAGCGUCUCCCCAAGCUUCAAGAGGAGCAUUUCCACACUGGCUAAAAAUGGACAACUACCCACAUUCAGGGCUCCUUAUAACGAAGGCGACAAACCAGAACAAGAAGACGAAGAAUUUCACGAGAAAAGAAAUAUCGCCGCCAUAGCACGACUUCGUAGUUACACCGCUAUCAAAAGGAACAUCCAGUCUUUGGCUAGAGAUGGCUAUCGCGUCGGUCGAGGACAUUAUCAGCCCAAUGAAAAACGGAACAUUGCCUCGUUGGCUCGCAAUGGAUUGAUUCACAAGAGAGAUGAAAUACCUGGCGAUGAAUAUUAUUACCCGUUCUAUCAAAAUCCAGUGCCACCUUUGUCCGAAAUUGAUGGUCCAUUCGAUAUUAAUGAAGUGUACGAUUUCCAACAAUCUGUAAACCCAGAUAUGUUACCACCAUUAUCGCAAGUUUUUAAACGCAGCGAAGCAGGACCGUUGGUAUAUGCUGAUAAUACUAAUGAAAAUGAUUACGAUCGCAAUUGGUAUUUCAAAAGAGGAACUGUAGGAAUGCCUGUUCACGGGCUCUAUAGACCAAUUUAUAUGGAGCCUACUUCACGUUCAAAGAGAUACAUACUUUCCCUCCCUGAUGUUAUGGACAAUAACGAAAUAGAUGCACCAGAAAAUAACGACCAUGAGAAUGAAAACGAAGACAAGAGAUCUGUAGAUGAAGAUGAAGUCCAUGAUAAUUUCGUAAAACGUCACAUUGGGUCUUUGGCUCGGUUAGGUCUUUUGCCGUCAUUUAGGUUCUCAGGAGGCCGUUACAGCAGAUCUGGACGAGCCAGACUGUUGUUGCCUAGUCAGGAACUAUACAGGAAGCAUUCCGCUGACGAGAAUUUCGGAGUUAGGCAAUAUAUCUCUAAUCCCGAAGUUGAGCCAGCAAUCGAUUCAGACGACUCCGACCUACCGCCGCCGCCAAUACUUGCUCACUCGCACCCGACCGGCCGGUACCUCCACCGCUCGUUGAACGACCUACCAUCCGCACCAGCCGCCUUACCGCCUGCUUCCUCCAACGCCCUCGACUCCUUCUCCAAGAACACCUGGCAGACAACUAAGGACUUCCCCAGAUUUCAUUACUUCAGAUCGCUAAAAGUCCCAUACCACUCGUCCGGCAAGAGAUACCUCCUGUUGCCCGCCGUUGACAACAUUAUGCUCAGGAAGACUUACCGCAACAGCAGUCUACCGAGCAGGCGUAAGAACCAGUAGCUAUGCCGCUGCCGAAGCGAUGCGAGAUCGCGCAAUUCAAGCAAGGGACAAUAGUUAAAACAUAACCUACCCAGCUCUGGAGCAUCGUCAUCGGCAAAAUAUGCG